GUUGUUGGUAGGCAGAUGUCGGAUCGUCAUGGUUCGCACUUGACUGACUGAACAACUCGUGUCACGCAGUGCUUUGCGGGAGCGGUUCUAUUCCGAGUUGUCUCCCCUUUGAGCAAUUUCCUGCAGGUGGCGAGAAAAUCCACUAUGGCUGCGCCCAUGAACAACAUGCGGAUGAGCCUCGAAGAUUUGAUUAUACGCCUUUACGAUGUGCAAGCUGUGAAAUUUGGAACAUUCAAAUUGAAGAGCGGUAUCGAAUCUCCCGUUUACAUCGAUUUGCGGGUGAUUGUAUCCUAUCCAGAAAUCCUGGUACGAGUGUCAGAAUACCUGUGGGAUGCCAGUCAGAACUGCUCCAACAACUUCAAGUCCCUGUGUGGAGUGCCCUACACAGCUCUGCCACUCGCAACAUGUAUUGCAACCAAGCAUCACAUGCCAAUGCUGAUACGCAGAAAGGAAGCAAAGGAUUAUGGGACCAAGCGUAUGAUAGAAGGUCAUUAUGAGCCCGGUGAGCGCUGUCUGGUUGUCGAGGAUGUUGUCACCAGUGGAUCCAGUGUCCUGGAAACAGCACAGGCGUUGAAAACAGCUGACAUCGAUGUGCGUGAUGCUGUGGUGCUGCUUGACAGAGAGCAGGGCGGGGCCCAGAUGUUGAAGAGCGAGGGAAUACACCUGCACAGUGUGUGCACAUUGUCCAAGAUGCUGGAUGUGCUGCAGACCUCGGAGAGACUCUCAGGACCGGAUAUUGAAAGAGUUCGAGAAUUCAUUGCUGAGAACAAGUUCAAUGCUAUGAGUGGCAUUAAGAGGAAUGGAUCUGGUGACACUCACUGUUCACACAAGAAGGCAAAGAAGGUCCAUCAUGAUGAGACCAAGAAGAGUAACCUGUGCACCAACCCUGUGCUCCUUCAGAUCAUGGAGACCAAGAAGAGUAACCUGGCUGUGUCUGCCGACCUGACCAGCUGUGGCGAGGUCCUGGAGCUGGUGAACCGUGUGGGGCCCCACGUGUGCCUUGUGAAGACCCAUGUGGACAUUCUGGAGGACUUCACACCUGAGUUUACCAAGAGACUGACAGAGCUAGCACAGAAACACAACUUCCUCAUCUUUGAGGACAGGAAGUUUGCUGACAUUGGCAGCACAGUAUUGAGCCAGUACAGUGGGGGCAUGUACCGCAUCUCCGACUGGGCCAACAUCACAAACGCCCACUCGGUGCCGGGGGAGGGAGUCAUACAGGGACUCAAGCAGGUGGGACUAAGCAAGAACAGAGCUUGUGUCUUAAUUGCAGAGAUGAGCUCAACAGGAAAUCUAGCAAAGGGAGACUACUCUUCAGCGACUGUAAAGAUGGCUGAGGAGCACAGUGACUUUGUCAUUGGGUUUAUUUGUCAGUCUCGUCUCACAUCUGACCCAAGCCUUCUACACAUGACGCCAGGGGUGCAGUUAACGGAAGGCCAGGACAGCCUUGGCCAGAACUACAUCACCCCCACUGAGGUGAUCACCAACAGAGGGUCGGACAUCAUCAUAGUUGGGCGUGGCAUCACCAAGGCAACAGACCCAGCAGAGGCUGCCCGGCAGUACCAAGAAGCAGGAUAUCGCGCCUAUCUUGCACAGUUUGAAUGAGGAUGAGGAGACAUACAUAGGAUAAAUACAUCGAGGGAGGCUACUGCAAGCACCAGCUGCAGUGGGAAGGGGAUGGAACCACUUUUGUCAGGCAUACUUGUAUUUCUUUUCCACUGACAAGGUCACAUCCUUCAUUUUUCAUAUUGAGAUGAUUAUUAACCCGUGAUCAUCCUCAGCAACCAUCAUGUGACUUGUCAGGGGUAUAUCUGGACAGAAUGUGUAAGGUAGGUUUGGCGAAGAGACGGACAACUACAGCAGAAACCAAAGCCAAUCUUGUAUGCAUCAUCAUGGGUGUUUGUGCUGCUGCUGCUGCUGCUGCUUCCAUUGUGACAUCAUGGCAGACACUACAUCCUCUGCCACCGGUGACCCUCGGCUGCAGCACAGCCCUCUUACUGUGUCUCCUAGGUUACGAUACUCGUUAGGUUACGACAUCUAUUGCCAUACAAGGUGCUUGUUACCUACACUACUGCUGCUACAAAUUUGAAUACAGUGUGAUAAUGCCACUUAUUUCCUUUUGGUGUUUGAGCAGAGGAGAGUUAAGCCCUUGUAUGUCAGUGUAUCAGGUCAGGCAUACCUUCGUAUCAUUACAACCUAGGCGAUACUACCACCACUUGUUGACUCUGUCAGUUUGCUAUGGAUAUCCGGAUAUACCUAUCGUUGCUGUGUUGAACAUGUCACUGAUGAACUUUAGUGAUUUUGAAAUGUAAUAGUCUUUAUUGAAUUUCUACAUCAAUAGCUUUUGUACAAGUGAGGAUUCUUUGAAAGCUGGUAUGUUUGAUUUCACAGAUCUGAUAUAGUGAAAGGAGUUCACCAAAAGUUCAUCUCACAAAACAAUGCCUUUUACUUACUAGAGAAACCCUUGGUGGAUACAGACACUUCUUGUGUUGAAUUGCCACUAAAUUAGCCCUGGUGUUAAAAUACAGUCAUUUACUCAGUUGACGCUACUCCUCUUUACACGUUUGUCCUUAAAACAAUUAUGGUUAGUUCUUGGCAACUAUUAUCUUGCCCAGAACAUAAUCACCAAUGUAUUUCCAGAUACAGUGAGUACAUUCCUGUGGUAGGCAGCCUGGUGAAUUCAUAUUGUUAGGUCUUCAUAGCACUGGUGUGAGGUCUAACUGAAAGUUCCAUCCUGAUAUAUUUCCACUGACAGAAUUUAUUAUUGAUUGAAACAAGGGGAAUUCUUUUGAUAGAUGGUCAAAUCUUUCUCUCUCCACAACCAAGGAUGAAGUUAUUGAAAUUUAUGUAGUUAAAAGAUUUUUCUUGAAUUGUAUGCCUUAAUUACAACAGUGCUUGAUGGUAAUACAGAAUGUAUUCACUAGUUAGACUAUCCCCAGUGUACCAUAGAGAACAAGUGCUGUGCAAGUGUCUGUGAGACAGGUAUGAAAGUGUCAGAGUCAGCAGCCAAAGGAAGACAUCACCUCAACAAUUCAUCGGAAGGCCAUUGUCCCCGGCCUCAGCAACACUACCAAAGUCUCACAGCCGAAGACCAACUACCUUGUUCCACUCUGGAAAGUGCCCUUAAUGGUCAACAAAUGUUAUUAGCUCUGAGGGAGAACCUUGGAGUGAAAGAGACCCCAGGUUCUGUUAGAAUAUGAUUCAUUCGUCAUGAAGCUAAGGUUAUACCCAAAUUGAAAAUACUAUGUUUGUCAAUCCAGGUCGUUGUAAUGAUCUGGUAACUAACAAAGCUUUGUUUUGCGGGAUGCUGUAGCAUGAUCAGUCUCUUUCUGGUGCAUGUGGAACUUGAUACAGUUUAUAUCCCGGUCCUGGUAGGGAGAUAUGAAUAACUAUACAACUGUUUACAGUGGUUAGCAAGAACUCUGUAGGCAGGAUUUGCUGGGAACAGUACUGAUAAGUGUAGAUUUUCUUGUAGAGUCUCACAAAGCCGUACGUGAAGAACAAACUGAGAAAGCUUUAGUCCCACAAGUGUCUUAGAGUUGAGAUGCCACAGAAGGUCUCGUGGUCUCUGCUCCCUGGAUCUCGAAAGUCUUUUUAUCUCCAGCCUCUACUUUAGCAAACUUUGGACCAAUUCAGAAUAGCCACCUUAUACCCAGCUUACCACAAGGUACAGCGUCACUGAAGAUUUAAGAGCAGAACUGUAACUGUGGAGUAUUUAAGUAACAAACAGUUUAACAGAUGAUCGCCUGUUUUCAGGAUUAUGCAUCUCGUCCCUCCCUCCCUCCGAUAUAUAUCAAUGAUCAAAUUAUUCUAUAUUUUAAUUUUCAGCUCAAGACUGUUCUAGUUGAUUGUAGAAAGAGAUAGAUUUGUGAUGUUAUAACUUUCCGUCACAGGAUUGAACCUAGACCGUGGGUCAGAUUGAUCAAGGUCAAGGUCAGCCAUGUUGUUGACCUUGAGUCUGCUCUGGCUGAAGGUCAAGGACAUGCUUGUUAUAUUGUGGAUGUUGAAUGUUCUGUGGAUGAUAGCGGCUGUGUUCAGAGUUAGUUCACCAGUCUAUACUUGACUACUUAAUCACAGUACACUAAUUUCAAUACACAUUUUAAGGCUAUUUCAAUGUUUUCAAUAUGUAAAGGGUAACUUUCUUCAAACAGUUCUACUGUUAUCCUCUUUACCACUGCACACUAACCUAGUCCUUCUCAAUCUAAAGUGUACUGUUUGCUGUUUGUCUUAAUGAAAUUUGUUAUUGAUAAGUCAUUUUGAAGAAAAUCUGAGAACUUGUAAACAUUCUCAAACCCUUAAUACAGGAAACAGGAAGUUGAUGUCUGUUCUAGUCUUACCCAUGUUCUCCAUAUGCUUGUUCAGGGCCAGCAGAGAGACAAGACCACUUCGACCAAGUAUUGAAAUGGUAGCAAGAGAGUACUCUUUAUCAUGUUCAUAGUUCCAAAACGGUGCGAAAAAAUGUAUUUAGCUUCACACUGUAUACAUUCUCAAAAAAGGAAAGAAAAGAAGCUGUUAAAUUAGUCGUCCACCUCUCAAAGGCUGUAAUUUGAGUUUUGAUGAUGUGACUCAGUCACUGGUUUGAUUUGUGUAAGCAGAAACAAGACAACUGAUCGCUAAAGACAUGUUACACUUCCAUUGUGCAUUUUGUUAUUCACAAUCAAUGGUUAUGUCAGGGAAAGUGGAGUUAUCUCCCUUUGUUUUCAUGUCAUCUGAAGCUUCUAUCAGAUCUGUCAGGACAUGUCUCAUAGAGCAGGUUGAAGCAGACAUGUUUCACUAGUAUUGCUAUAUCAUGAAAAGGAGUUUGCCAAAAGGCUGGAUGUUCCAAAACAGUUUUUGUAUGGUUUUGUAUUGACAUUAACUGACCAAUCAAGAAACUUCAACAGGUCAUAGAAAGAAGGGGAAAUAACACUAUCCACUUUCAAGACAUUUCACAUAUAAUUCCGGUUAAGGUGUGUCAAAUGGCAUUGUUUUCAACCAUGUAAAUACCUGUAUUAGUUGAGUGUUUCAAGUUUCAUCCAACAUGCUAUCAUUUCACUAUAUUUCUAUUGUGUUUUGUGUAGAUAUUUAACUCUUAGAUUUUGUAACCAUGGUUACACUCCUAAUCAUUUACACAUAGAAGCUAACCCUUGGGUUUGCAUACGUCUUCAUUGCACACUGUAAACAAUCUCAUUGACAGAAAUGAAUUCAUUUUGACGGUAUACAAUGGUACAUGUCGAACCAAAUAACAGACCUUUCUGAAAAUGGAACAAAAAUCCUGGAUUUCAUUUGGUUUAGUCCACUGGUAAUGACAACAGUGUUGUGGUGAGGCAGAUCAGGUCAUGGUAAUGUCUAGGGCCAGUGCUCUGUCAGAAUGUACUACCUGCUAAAACAGCUGUUUGGGGCUGAUAUACCAGACUGCAAGUCAGCAUAUUUACAAACAUAUGAAUAUAUUUCCUUUUGCCCACAUUAAUUUUCAUGCUAUGUUUUCUUGAUUGUUGUUCUGCAUCCUUUAGAUGAUUUGAUCUUGGAAUCAGUUGUCAUACAAAUGUAUGUGUGUUCACCAGCAUCUGGAGUCUCCAUCAAUGCUGCUCAUGCUAAUUGUCUUCAUGUGAAUUGUUGCUGAAAGCAUCUGUUGAACUGUUAUCUUUUCUUUGUGCAGGCAUUUUGCAGUUGUUUAAAGCAAAGAGGAAAACCUCCAGUAGUGUUACAACAAAACAAGUUGGCAGAUUCUGAUGCUGUAGGUUUCUUUUGCAAUUUUGAUUUCUAUUCAAUGAAGUUGGUAAGUCAGGUCAUAUUGCAUUGUAUUUGUGAGGAAAACAGCUCUUAACUAAUUGGGUUUUUUGCAAGCUUCUGUUGAAAUGAAAGGUCCAUUGUUCUCUUUUUGAUUUCGUAACAAGAUUGACCAAUGAUAAAAGAUUUGUUUCUGAAGCCUUCAAGUAAUAAGAUUUGGCAGAAACAUGCAACAAAUGGUAGUGCUGUUGGACCAACACUGGUACGAAAAUGGUCAGAUUUCUCUGAAAGGAAUUCAUAACAAUUUCUCAAAAAUAUUCUCCAAAUAAAAUUGCUAGAUAUUUGGUUAAGAGACAGUAUAGUCAAGAAAGAAAGAAAUAUUUUGAGUUUGAAUACAGCCUGUUUUUGGUGCAGGGUCGUUAGUAAUUAUGAAACUAAGGUGUGAAUACCAACUUGUCAGUCCCUCCACAGACAUGGUGUCAAUGUGUGACAGAUAAUAGAUUUGCAAAUGGUCACGUGCUAUUGUUAUUGCAGUCUCUCUCUAUUAUAUGCAUGGCCAGAUAUGUUUCCAUUGUUACCAAGACUCUUCUUCUCUGCUGUACGUAGUCUCGUGUCCACUGCAGAUGUUACCACUAGCAAUGUUUUUGAGCAACGUUUUUUGUUACAGAUUUAUUUUGUAUGGUAAAUUUGUUAAACCAUGAUGUAUUUUAGAUACGGUGGAUGAGUUGUCUGUGUUGGUAUUUUGUAUGUUAUGAAUUAUGAAACUUCAUAGAAGUGCUUUAGAGUUUCUAGACUUGAACUUUGUUUUUUGUAAAAGCUAAUCAGAAUAUGAUUACUUCAGAAUACUAGUAGUAGACCCAAAGAUGAUUGCUUCAUGCGUUGAACAUGUUUAGGAUAUACGAGGACUGCAUUGUAGGUAAAAAUAUAAGCAUAGGCAGAUCGCAACAGGAGUACAGUGUGAGGGGUCAGUCAUCAGGGUGGAGGACAAUCACACCGUGUUGUUAGUGGUUGGAGGGUUGGUGUGACAGAGGGUGGUGACAGUAUGGGAUCACCUGGGAACAAUCACUGCCCACUGGUGGUGUGGCCAGGAUGAUAGUGGUUCAGACUUUUAGAGGGGUCAAGAAAUUUAUCAAAUCUAGCUGCUGUGAUGUUUGUUUGAUCCAUUUGGCAACUACUUAACAUAUUAUGUAAUGUGUAAAGAUCAGCAAUACAAUUGCAAAAAUAGAUUCAGUGAUAUUGUAAGAAAAAUAUUAGUUCAUGUCUCAAAACAUGGUACAGACCCAGGUAAUCUGUCCCCAUUUAAAGUAUUUCUGUUCCCACCAUCCUCUGGCGUGUGUGUGUGUGUGUGUGUGUAAACCUCACACGAAGAAGGCUUCACUUUAGGAGGUUGUCAAGCUGCUUGCUGACAUGAUCACUAUGAAGCAUUUGACAGCUGACACCUACAGCCUGAAUUGAUGUAGCCUGUACCCACCCAACAGUGGUUCUGUACACCCCUCUCUCUUCAGGACACCACUACUAGAGGAAGUACAACAGCUAGUCCUAUGCUUGUGUAAUUUCGAUGGAGAAGACUGCUAGAAACACUGGGUCACACUUAGCAUCAUGAACAAGGUUGAUAGUCUUCAUGUGUUUAUUCUUAUACAUUUGUUUAUGAAAUUGGUAUCAAAAGUCCUAUAUGAAUGAAUUACAUUAUAAUGUUGACUUUGUUUAUUGUUUUAUUAGACUUAAUGAACUAGUUGAUGUCAAAUUUGUGUAAAUAUUCUUUUAUUAUUAUGUGACAAUUGUAGAUUGAAAGGUGUGCAACAUAUCUAUAUUGCUGUUUUGUAGAGCCAUCAUAACAUUACUGUUAUAUGUAAAGGAACAACUGAGAAAAGCAUUCAAUUUUCUAUCAAAACAGCUCAGCCAAUUUUUAUAAGGGAUUUGUCCGUGUACAAAAUUCAUUACUAUUGAGAACCCUGACUGUGGGGUUGAGGGGGUGAGUGAGUAGAACGGGGCAUGUUUAUUUAGGGAUCCAUGGCCACCUUUAAGACUCGGUAAUAGCAGUAAGGUUUUGAUGGCUGUACACUUCUGAACAAUCAAGGCGUGUACCUUUCCGUUUCUGUUUGACUUCCUACUCUGUUGGAGACGCGUACAUUGUUGGACCGGCUGUACACAUUGCAUCUGAUGAUCUCCUGUUUGUUACAUCAUUGGCUUGUGUGCUCCCGCAGAUACAUACAGAUCAUAUCAGUUAUAUAUUUGAAGAGAUGUUCAUAUGUUCUUGUAACUAUCUAUUUUCCACGCAGCACAAUCUGAAGACAUCAUCAGGUACAUCAGAUGACGGUGCAACGCCAGCAUGGACAGCCUGUGGCAUGUUGGGUCUAUGCUACGGAUGGGGUGGAGAAGGUGGGGAUGAGGAAUGGAUCGGGACAUGUGACAGGACAUGACCCUGCAUGUCAGAGGGGCAGGAUGUGGAGAGCGACAUCUGGUAAAGGCAUGAGUUGACAAUCUCAUUGCUGUAUUUUCAUGUUACUGUCACUGACCUGUGAUCCUCCUCCUCCUCCUCAUCCUCCGGACCUUCUCAUGGCACAGUGUUGUCUAUGCUGUUGUGUUGCAUGGUCUACAACUGUCAAUGAUUGCUCUCUACAUAAUGUUCCACAAUACCCAUGUCUCAUUGUAUCGUGUCUUAAUUGUAGAACAUCAUUUCCUGUAAGCACUUCAUGUGGAGUACAAAUUUGAAUGUUUCA